AUGGUGACCCUCGGCUCCUUUUGUCGCCGACCCCUGGACCGGGUACGGUCAAAUGCUCCGGACAACGGCAGCACCUUGGAAGGACACGGCGCAAGCGAUCUCGACGGUACCAUUACAGCCCAUGACCCGUCUGAUCUCACCCAUCACGCCGGCCCCGUCGGCCAGCAAGCCGAAAGCCUACCUGACGAGACCGCGUCGUGGCCGCGCUCGCGCCCGGACGCAACCGACCUUCAUCUGACUUUCGAGAGCAACACCCGCCAUGAGGGUGACCUUGCGGCGUCGGGGAUCGCAGCGCUGGAGUCGCCAAGGGCAGGCGACCACAGCGAGGCGGGUUACCGCUGUCCUUCCAAGUGCGCCUGCACCGAAUUCUACUACGACGCGGACGACGAGCGGGAUGAAGAAGACGAGGACGGCGACGACGACGAGGAUGAGGUCUACGACCAGCCAGCCGUCGUCAUCAUCCACCAAGGGGCCAGCGGCGCCAUCCCGUUGUCUUCCCGCCCCGCCCUUCUUCACAACCCCAACAACGCCUUAAUAUUCGCCUCUUUCGCUUCCCGGCACGAUUCCCCAGCCUCGUCCACCCUGCGCGCCUGGUUCGACCUGCCCUCGCCCGGCGCCUCCGCCUGCGCCACCCCCUCGGUCGUCGCCGCCAGCCGGGACGAGGAAGUCAGGAUCGGCAUCGACGACGACGACGCCUCCGCCUCAAGCACGGCCGACGACCGCUCCGCGCUGACAUACUACACCGACACGGCCUACGGCGACUACGACGACAACGACAACGAUGAUGACGAGGAACACGUCUUCCGCUGGCGCGGCGACCUGGUCACGGCCGCCGAGCUGGCCGACGCCGCCGCGGUCGUCGAGCUGGAGCUGGAGAUGGGCCUGUUGGCGGACGGGCUGGCGCGGCGGCUGCUGCAGGGGAGCAGCAGCGGUGGCGGCGACUCGUCAUGGUCGUUGUCGUCUUGGUCGUUGUCGGGCGGCUUUGAUGAGUCCCAGUCCGGCGGGUCCGGCAGCAGCGACGCGGACUCGGUGUGGGAUGCCGAUGGCUGA